CGGGUUGAAAGCAACCUUCAGUCUCACUGUACCCUUCGCUUGUCUGGUGCUCUGCCACCAUCCUCAAUCGUGGCUCUAUACACCCUGGAAGUAACAUUUGGCUAGAGGAAGUAGCCUGGCGUCAGUCUCGACCAAUCAUGGAUGGCCGUUUGCGUGAACAGUCUCGCAGAGGUUUCUCCAUAUACGUCUUUUUCUCCCUAGUCCUCACAUACAUUCACCAAAAGGUUGUUUUGGAGAUUGAUUUCUCGGGUAGUCUCUGGGGAUAUACAGAGAUCACCAUUGUUCCGACGAGUAGUGAACUAAGAACUAUAUAUCUCAAUUCGCGACAGUGUACUAUUCAUUCUGUGACUGUUGGAUCCUACGACGCGGAAUUCGCAUGCUCCGACCCUUUGAAGCUUUACUCUGCACUUCAAGAGGGCGACGACGGGGAGUUGGCAAUUGGCAUCCCUAGGGAUGUUUCACUGAAGUACUCGGGAAGCAUCGCAUCGAUGGGCAUACUUAGUGAAACUCUGCAACCCCCGAAGCCUCAGACACCAGGCGUGUCUCAGGCGCAGAAUGGCCACAUUACUCCAGAGUUUUCUCCCAUUGUCGUCAAGAUCUCAUACAGUCUUCGUAACCCAGUCGAUGGCUUUGAGUUCGUCCUCCCCGACGAUUCUCAUCCCUAUCGCGUUCCUCACGCUUACACAACUCCAUCAUGCCCAGACGCUUCCAGAUGCUGGGUGCCGUGCGCCGAUAGUGUGAGUGAGAAAUGUACAUGGGAAUUUGAGUUUGUCGUCCCUCGCUAUCUGGAGGAGCCCGACCCCCUUCAGGAUGAAGAGGCAAAUGAAUUGUCACCAACGCUUGUGGUCUGUAGCGGAGAACUUGUGGAACAGGUGGCGCAUCCAUACAACUCGAACAAAACCAUAUUCAUCUUCUCGCAAGCUGUUCUCACAUCAGUUCAACACAUAGCUUUUGCAGCAGGUCCUUUUCACAUCCUUACCAUACCACCCGAGGGUAUGUCCGAUGAGACUACGACUACCUCACAACAACCAGGAAUGUACGCUUUCUGUCUUCCUGGGCAAGAAUCGUACCUUGCCACUUCAACCUCUGCUCUUCGGUCUGCAAUGACUUUCUAUGCAACUGAGUUUGGCUCAUAUCCGUUUGGCUCCUACAAAGUUGUAUUCGUCGACGAGCUUCCCGUCGAAAGAUUUGAUAGCUCCACGCUGUCUCUUGUGACUGUGGACCUACUGCAUGGGGAUGACGCGAUAGAGCAGGCAAUUGAAGUUCGCCAGACCCUGAGCCAUGCUUUAGCUUGUCAAUGGGCUGGCAUAAAUAUUCAGCCCAAAACUUGGUCUGAUAUCUGGCUAGUGAACGGCUUAGCGCUUUACAUCAAUGGACUAUUCCUACGCAAACUUUUUGGCAACAACGAGUAUCGCUUCCGGCUCAAGAAAGAUAUGCAUCGCGUUUUGGAGCGAGACAACGGUACAAUGCCGCCAAUCUGCCAGCCGCAGGUUCUCGAUCCUCCGGAUUCCAGCGUUCUCCCGUUCAUUAACCUCAAGGCACCUCUUGUUCUCCAUAUACUCGAUCGACGGCUUGGUAAGUCAGGAACUUCCCUGGGUCUAAGUCGCGUCCUUCCCAAGGUCUUCUUGUCGGCUAUCAGUGGAGAAAUGCCGAACAAUAUGCUGUCCACUCAUGCCUUCCUGAGGACUUGUAGAAAGGUCAGCGGAGUGGAUUUGCGAGGUUUUGCCGAACAAUGGAUUUACGGGAGCGGCUGUCCUGCGUUCGGGGUGUCUGCAACUUUCAACCGAAAGAAAAUGGCGGUCGAGAUUACCAUGCGACAAGAAAGCCCUGCAUAUAAAGUUCAUGAGAACAGCGAAGUGCACAAACAAAUGCUCAAACCUGUACCAUUCUUUGAGGGUACGAUGACAAUUCGUAUACAUGAAGCCGAUGGGACGCCUUACGAACACGUUCUUGACAUCCGGUCUCCCUUCAAGCGGUAUGAAGUACCUUUCAAUACCAAGUAUAAACGUGUCCGCCGUAAUACAAAACGGUAUCUCGCUCGCCAGGCUGCUGCACAAGCUGCUGCCGAAGGUGAUACGGAAGCGGCUGAGGCGAUGGGGAUGGUCGAUAUGGGCUUCGGUUUGGAUAUUUGGGAGAAAGAGAAGGAGCGUGAGAACUGGAAGGUGGCUGACUGGACAGAGGAAGACGAAGGAUUGAUGAGCGGAGCGACAUACGAAUGGAUUCGAAUGGAUGCCGAUUUCGAGUGGAUUGCGAACUUGAAUUUUGAACAGCCUGAUUUCAUGUGGGUGUCACAGCUGCAGAGGGAUAGGGACGUCGUCGCUCAAUUAGAGGCCGUACAUGCACUUGCAAAGCAACCUACAGCGAUAGUUUCUAGCACUCUCACCAAGACAGUGUUGGUAUCUAACUAUCAUUAUCGAAUUCGGACAGAGGCCGCGAGUGCCCUGGUUAAUUGUGCCAUCCGCCGACUGGAUUUCCUCGGCCUAUUCCACCUAUUCAAACUCUUCCUACGAUAUUGUUACGAACCAGAAGAUCCAAAUCAAGACUUGUUCAGCCAUACUUAUGUCCCGAAACCGAACGAUUUUUCAGACCUGUCAGAAUAUUUCGUCCGCAAGACGCUCAUAACAGCGAUCUCAAGAAUUCGGUUCGAGAAUGGCAAAUCACCAUCCGUUGUGCGACAAUUCUUGAUCGAUCAGCUCAAAUACAAUGACAAUACUGUAAAUCCUUACUCUGAUGGAUUUUACAUAUGUACCAUCAUAUCUGCAGCAGCCUGUGCUACGAUAUCAAUGGCAGCUCCUGAACGCGGCGAGCUGUUGCCGACAGAAGUUCGUUCGGAACAUAAUGCGGAAGAUCAACAACUUCUGAAGGAAAUCGUUGCUGAAGUCGAUAGAUAUCGUAGCAUGGACAGGUUGAUCCCCUCCGCCCAUAACAUAGUCACCAUAGCGGCUUUGGAGUUUUAUAUGGUCCUCGGUGUCGCCAAUCUUAUCCCAAAUUACCAGGCUGUCUUCUUCCUUACUGCUAGAGAUGGAAACUAUACACCUGUGCGGAUUGCCGCCUUCGACGGACUCUUCCUCACUAAAUGGUACACUCCCGCUAUCAUGCGCUACGUCCUCGCCGUCAUGGCUAACGAUCCAUCACGAGUUAUCCGGAGACAUGUUGCCAGGAAUGCGUGCUAUAGCUUGGCUCUUCUCGUGCAAAUGGGCGAGCUAAAGUCAGGUUCCAAGGACACGGACACUUUGCUCAUCGAGGAGGACGGUAAUAACCCUGAGAAGACUAAGGAGUCGAAGAAGAGCGAGAUGGAUGCUAUGAUCAAAGUACUUAGAAAGGAUCGGGAAGUGGGCAAGAAUGAAGUCCUUAGGGAGUUCCUGAUGGCUAUUGCACUUGCUCCCGAUGUUGAUCAUGAGGUUCGAUGGUGCAUCCUCAAACUUGCUGACCUUCUCAUUCGCCCAGUGGACGAGGUGCCCCCGAAGCUUUCGCUACAUCUACCACCCAAGACCCCGAUCAUUGAAACACCGCCAUCCCUUCCUGUCCCCAAAGUUUCCAUUAAACCUCAACGAAAACCGAGCGUGGCUCAUUUGAAGAGUCCACUUACUCCCAUUCACGUGCCACCAAAGAUCAAGUUAUCCAACGGUGGAAUCACUCGAGAUCUCACUUCCAAGCCCUCUUCUCCCCCUCCCCCUCCCCAACCCCAGAGCAUAGCUCCAGUGCUGCCCCCUAAGAAAACUGGCGCCCUUGUCGUUCCACCGCCUCCCGCCAAAGGAAGGCCUAAAGGAAGGCCGCCGAACAAGAAUCUGAAACGAGCACAGGUCUCAAAGGCUCAUUCUAGUGGUAUGAGCCUAGCUGACCUCACAGCUACGCGAAACGCUCUCAAGAAAAUCCGGGACCACAAGCAUGCUAGAUGGUUUCUGCAGCCUGUGGACCCGGUUCGGGACAAGGCGCUGAAUUACUUCGAUAUUAUUAAGGAACCUAUGGACCUUGGCACUAUGGGUGCACGAUUGGAAGCAGGACUGUACAAGGAUAGGUUUGCUUUCAGAGAUGACUUCCGUGUAAUGAUCGCCAACGCCAAGCAUUACAAUAUGCCCGGGAGCCCCGUACACGAUGCCGCUAUUGCACUCGAAGUAGCAUUUGAGAAGCUGUGGUCUAUCAUGAGCAAAACACUUGAGGCGGCAGACCACAAAGCUCAGGCUGCUGCUGCUGCCGCUGCCUCUGCUGCUAGCGCACCGCCACCGCUCAAAUCGAGACCCCCAGUUCCCACCCCUAAAUUUACACCGCCACCAUCGACCUCAAGUGUCCGAGAUCAUGCUCGUCGGAGUGUUACUCCAGCCGUUGAAGGCACUGCACGUCCAACAAUCAAGCUACGAGUAGGAGCUCAGCCCAAGGCUGAGGAACCUCCGAAGCGGCGUAUCCUGAAGGUCAAAGCGCCACAAGCCGCCGAAAUCGACGCACCACCCCCGCCCUAUAUCGAUGAUGGGUCGGCUGAUAUUCUAGCGGAAGUGCUCGCUAUCGAGCGCGAGAAGGAUGAACAAAAACAGCGAUCAGCGCAGUCAAAAACAACUGCUAAUGGGGCUCCCAACAAACGCAAGGCGUUGAGCGACGAUGCAGAUGACAUCCUAGCUUUGGCAUCUCCAUCAAAGAAGGAAAAGUCUGCACCUAUCGCAACUGCUCCAACGCCGUCAGGAUCCUCUUUGACAAGAAUCGUUGUUCCCGCUGCCCCUCAGAAGCCCGUUCCAGUCAAAUCCAAGAAAGACAAAGUCGAGGCUCCCAGUGCCGCUCGACCGUCAGUGAAGGGAAAAGAAAAGGAAGUGAUUGCCACACCAGAAGCUUCAUCAUCGAAAGCCAAGCGCUCCGCCGGGGAUCAGACGUCCACUCCUAUGAACCAGAAGAAAGUCAAGGCACUUUUGACUGCGAUCAAACUCCUUCCGGAAGCCCGUAUCUUUAAUAGGCCCGUAGAUCCCAUACUAGAUGGGUGUCCAAGCUAUCUUGAAGAGAUCGCUCAACCCAUGGACUUUGGCACAAUGUCGGAAAAACUUGCGCAGAACCAGUAUCAGACCAUGGAAGAUUUCCGAGCCGAUUUCGAACUGGUCAUUAGUAAUUGUCGUCAGUUCAAUCCUGUCAAAACUUACCCUCACGAUUGCGCGGCUGUCAUCGAGAAAUAUUUCCGAAAAGAGUGGCCCAAACUCAUGGAGCGAAAACUGACAUUCGCCGAGAAACGAGGACUUCUUGGGGUGAUGACAAGCAUAGUGAAAGAUAACGUUUCUUGGAUCUUUCGAGAACCUGUCGAUCCUGAAUUGCUUGGUAUUCCGACAUACUUCCAAGUCAUACCUCGCAAGGAUGCUCGGGACUUGAGGACCAUCCGAACCAAACUUGAGAGUGAUAAGUAUGAUACCGUUGAAGCAUUCGAGGCGGACAUCGCCCUGAUGAUAAAUAACGCCAUCACCUUUAACGGCAUGGAUUCCGAAGUUGGUCCAUUGGCAAUCGCUUGUCGCGAUAAGAUUCAAAGUUUGAUAAACGCUUGGAGAUCGUCACAGGACAAGAAGAGAAAGGAUGUUGAGAAGGGGAGCUCCCAGCCAAGUAAGAAAGUUAGGCUGAGUUAGAUUGUAUUUUACAGGAUUAUGUGGAUCGUGCUGGUACGGCUCUUAGAACGAUUGAUAAUCACUCCCAAAUACGAACAUGCAUU